CAAUUUGGACCUCAUCCUUUUGUACGUUAUCCAUUGGCUAACAUAAUGUUGAAGCAUAGAAUAUGCAGUUCACAAUGCUUACCUUAUCUUUUGCCUUACUUUCCUAGCCAUAAUUACAAUUCAAUUCAAACUGCUUUCAGCUUCCCGCACUCCGCCUCCUUUAGCACGGCUAAGAAAUCGGGCGCCAGACUGUCUCGGGCGCCCAAACUUUGCCGUGCAAGGAGAAGAGUUAUAUACGAUGAUGACGACGAAGAAGAAGAUAAAGAAAAUGGACAUAAUGAUAAUGCGGAAUUAGCAUUGCUAGAGUUUUAUAGUGAAUCUGUGAGAAAUGAAGUCCUUAUUGUGAAAGCUCUUGUAGAUGACGAAGAAGUGGAAGUUCUACUUUUCAAGGGGUUCUCAUCAUGCUUGAGUUACAGGACUAGUCCAGAUCCAUCAAAAAGUGUGCUUCCAGCAAGGGCAGUGAUCAAAUGCAUAGACAGAAUAAAAGGACCUUUUGACCCCUCAAACAUUGUUUAUUUAGAGAAAGGAUUAACUAUGGAGGAAUUUAAAGAAAGGAUUCUCUCAAAGUAAAAAUAGUUACAUCUGCCAAAUCCUCAGGACAAGUGCAAAUUCAGCUUGCAGCUUUUGUAUCAUAUACAUGCUCAAAUUUUCUUGUCAAUUAUACCGAUUAAAGGCCGGAGCCAAAAUUUGAAGUU